AUGGUCGACAUUACAUCAGUUUAUGCACGUCUAUCAACUUCGGCAGUCACUUCCGUAAUGCCAUUUCUUUGCAAGUUAAUUACAUUUUCACUUGGUGUUUAUGCUGGAAUAUAUGCUUGUCAGAAUUAUGAAACUCCAAAAGUUCAAUCGCCCGCAGAACUUUACGGACGUGCUAAACAAUAUUUAGAAUCGAAAAAGAAACCUAGCGAAUGA